AUGGAAAUCUUAAGGGGGGGAGCAUACGUUGGACAGAACAGGUUCCUUUGCUAUGCUGACACGAUCCAUUGGGAAGACAUUGUCCGUAAUCCAUCAGCUUCCAACUUCUCCGUGGUUCCAAAAAACAGCAGUACGGAUUGUGGCCGGUGUCACAAAUCCUGUGGAAACCGAUGUUGGGGACCUUCCGCGGAUGAGUGCCAGAUCUUGACAAAGAUGGUGUGCGCUGAACAAUGCGAUGGGCGCUGCUACGGGCGCUCCGUCAGCGAAUGCUGCCACAGAGAAUGUGCAGGAGGCUGCGCUGGACCCAAGGACACCGACUGCUUUGCCUGUUUGAAUUUUAAUGACAGCGGUGCUUGCGUCACACAGUGCCCCCAGACCUCUGUGUACAACCCAGCCACCUUCCAGAUGGAGACCAACCGAAACGGCAAAUACACCUAUGGUGCUUUCUGUGUCAAAAAGUGCCCACAUAACUUUGUGGUUGAUAUCAGCUCUUGCGUACGGGCAUGUCCCAGCCCCAAGAUGGAAGUUGAAGAGAAUGGCGUUAAGACUUGCAAGCCAUGCACGGACAUCUGCCCCAAAGCGUGUGAUGGAAUAGGCACGGGAAGCUUGAUGUAUGCUCAGACUGUGGACUCCAAUAACAUCGACCAGUUUGUCAACUGCACCAAGAUCAAUGGGAAUCUUAUCUUCCUGGUGACCGGGAUUCAUGGGGACCCUUAUCACAUGAUUGAAGCCAUCGACCCGCAGAAUUUAAAUGUCUUCCAAACAGUGAGGGAAAUAACAGGUUACCUAAAUAUACAGUCGUGGCCAGAAAACAUGACAGAUUUCAGCGUCUUUUCGAAUUUGGUGACCAUCGGUGGAAGAGCACUUUACAGCGGCCUCUCCUUGCUUAUUCUCAAACAGCAGCGAAUUAGAUCGCUGCAUUUCCAGUCCUUGAAGCAUAUCAGUGCUGGCAACGUCUACGUAACAGACAACACUAACUUGUGCUUCUAUCACACCAUCAACUGGACCAGUCUCUUCAGCACUGCCAACCAAAAGACUGUCAUCCACAGAAACAAGAAGGCUGAAAACUGCACUGCGGAGGGGAUGAUCUGCAGCCGCUUGUGCUCCAAAGAUGGGUGCUGGGGCCCUGGGCCAGACCAGUGCUUGUCCUGUAAGCGCUUCAUCAGAGGAAGGACGUGUGUAGAUGCCUGCAAUCUCUACGAUGGCGAAUUCCGGGAGUUUGCCAAUGGUUCGGUCUGUGUGGAGUGUGACCCCCAGUGCGAGAAGAUGGAGAAUUAUAGGAUCACAUGCCGGGGACCAGGGCCAGACCACUGCACCAAGUGCUCCCAUUUUAAAGACGGCCCCAACUGCGUGGAAAAAUGCCCCGAUGGCGUGCAGGGGACCAACAGCUUCAUUUUCAAGUACGCUGACGAGAACCACGAGUGUCACUCCUGUGAUCCAAACUGUACGCAAGGAACACCCUUGAUUGCUGCUGGUGUGAUUGGUGGGCUCUUCAUCAUCGUCAUUUUAGGCCUGACGUUUGCGGUGUACGUGAGACGUAACAGCAUCAAAAAAAAGAGGGCCUUACGGAGGUUCCUGGAGACUGAGCUGGUAGAACCUUUGACUCCAAGUGGCACCGCACCCAACCAGGCACAGCUCCGGAUUCUUAAGGAAACGGAACUCAAGCGUGUGAAGGUCCUUGGAUCUGGGGCUUUUGGGACUGUGUAUAAGGGUGUUUGGGUUCCUGAGGGAGAGAGCGUGAAGAUUCCUGUGGCAAUUAAAAUCCUGAAUGAGACCACUGGUCCCAAAGCCAAUGUGGAAUUCAUGGACGAAGCCCUCAUCAUGGCGAGCAUGGAUCAUCCCCAUCUGGUCAGGCUCCUGGGAGUUUGCUUGAGUCCCACAAUCCAGUUGGUCACUCAGCUGAUGCCCUAUGGCUGCCUGCUGGACUACGUUCAUGAACAUAAAGAUAACAUUGGCUCCCAGCUGCUGCUGAAUUGGUGUGUCCAGAUAGCUAAGGGAAUGAUGUACCUAGAAGAGAGACGCUUGGUUCACCGAGACUUGGCAGCCCGAAAUGUCCUGGUGAAAUCCCCGAAUCACGUGAAGAUCACAGACUUUGGUCUCGCCAGGCUACUGGAAGGGGACGAGAAGGAAUACAGCGCGGAUGGAGGAAAGAUGCCCAUUAAAUGGAUGGCUCUUGAGUGUAUACAUUACAGAAAAUUCACACAUCAGACCGACGUUUGGAGCUAUGGUGUUACCAUUUGGGAGCUGAUGACCUUCGGUGGAAAGCCCUACGAUGGAAUCCCAACGAGGGACAUUCCCGACCUGUUAGAGAAAGGGGAGCGCUUGCCCCAACCUCCCAUCUGCACCAUCGAUGUUUACAUGGUCAUGGUGAAAUGCUGGAUGAUCGACGCAGACAGUCGGCCGAAGUUCAAGGAGCUGGCUGCCGAAUUCUCUCGAAUGGCUCGAGACCCUCAGAGAUACCUAGUCAUUCAGGGGGAUGACCGCAUGAAACUGCCAAGCCCAAAUGACAGCAAGUUCUUCCAAAACCUGCUCGAUGAAGGGGACCUGGAAGACAUGAUGGAUGCCGAAGAGUACCUCGUCCCCCAGGCGUUUAACAUUCCUCCGCCCAUCUACACCUCCAGGGCGAGAAUCGAUUCCAACAGGAGUGAAAUUGGACCCAGCCCUCCUCCUGCCUACACCCCCAUGUCAGGAAACCAGUUUAUCUACCGAGAUGGUAGCUUGGCUACCGAACAAGGAAUCCCUUUGCCAUAUCGGGCUGCUAUCCCGAGCAUCAUGUCCGAACCCCGCCUUGCGCAAGGUGCUGCCGAGAUCUGUGACGACACGUGCUGCAACGGCACCCUUCGGAAACAGGUGGCUUCAGUGGUGCAGGAAGAGAGUGUCGCUCAGAGGUACAGCGCUGACCCAACCGUUUUUGCACCAGAACGGGGGCCAAGAAAUGAGCUUGACGAAGAUGGGUACAUGACUCCAAUGCCGGAGAAGUCCAAAACAGAUCACCUGAAUCCAGUGGAGGAGAACCCAUUCGUGUCUCGACGGAAGAACGGUGAUCUCCAAGCACUGGACAACCCAGAAUACCACAAUGGCCAAACUGGGCAACCCAAAGCGGAGGAUGAGUAUGUGAACGAGCCAUUGUACCUCAACACAUUUGCGAGCACCUUGGAGAACGCAGAGUACAUGAAGAAGAAUGGGCUUCCAUUGCCAGAGAAGCCCCGGAAGGCCUUCGACAACCCUGGCUACUGGAAUCACAGCUUGCCUCCCAGAAGCACCCUACAGCACCCAGACUACCUGCAGGAAUACAGCACAAAAUAUUUUUACAAACAAAACGGAAGGAUCCGGCCGAUUGUGGCAGAGAACCCUGAAUACCUCUCAGAGUUCUCCUUGAAGCCUGGCACAAUGCUGCCUCCUCCACCUUACAGACACCGAAACACUGUUGUGUAAUCCCGGAAGUAUUUGAGAAGUAGAGAACCAUACCAGCACUCUUUUCCCCUCUCCCCUUCCCCACCCGUUUUAAGCUCCCUUUCUCUUCCCUGUUUUCUUGCCAGUUCUUCCCUUUGGUUGACGUCUUUGAAUGGAAGGACGCUUUUAACUCAUUUUGUCUCAAGCAUAUGGGGAGAAAGGAAAGCAGAGAAGGAAAAGUCUGGCUGGCAUUUCUCACUUUCCAAGCACCCAGAGGGCUCGGAGGUCAGCUGAGCCAACGAAUACUAGUGGAAGCCCAUGGCACUGUCGCCUGCCUGUCAAGUUAGUUCACAGUGCAGUGAUUCAGCUCGGCUGCUGCCGGGAAAGUCACACCGUGUCAGUUUCUAUCAUCUGGGAGCUUCUUGAGAAUUUCUGCAGAUGGCGAGGCCAUUUCCAUGGAGGGGUGGGGGCAAAAAGGGCAACUUUUAUAGCACAGGUGUAGAUCCCAUCAUAAUGGAGAUUGAGAAUCCUUUCCCAUUUUUAUUCUGCCACAUAAAUGAAGCGGCUAGGCCACCUCGCCAUUCCCUCCUCCUUCACUCCGCCAUCCGAGGAAUCCUAUUGAAGAUCCUGUGACUCCUGCCUUUUAUCGGUCAUUCCUGCAGUCGUGAGCCCAUUUCUGCCUGCUCAGACUUUGCUGCUUUGUGCAUCUGUGGGCGAUGUUACAGGUUUUAUACAGGUCAAUAUGAAAACAGCCCUUUUUUGAACAGGAACAUCCCAAUUUCAUGACAGCAGCAGCAUAAUUGCAGAGAAAUGUCUCGUUUUUGAGGGCAAACCUCAAGAGAUUUAUACAUAUAGAGUCUCUUGGUCAUGUUUUAUACUUGUCGAGCAGAAAACACAGAAAUUCUCCCCUCUGUUUCUGUUUUGGUUUAUCAGCUGACGUUGGGAGGUGGAGACAACACUGAGGACUUGACAGAGGGGGAAAAUUUAUAUUUUUUAUUAAAUCCACUGGUGUAUUUUGAGAUUUGGCCUGCUGCUAACAGAGACGAGAUCGGGAGGGAAAUUAGAAAGAAGGUACCGAUCUGGGUAAAAUACACUGGGCAGUUCACUGGAAGAUUCGUUUGCACUUAAGUUAUGGUUUUUAAUUUUAUUUUGUCCUCGCUUUGAACUAUAUCCUGGAAUCUGAAUGAAGCAAUACGGAAGUGACCAGCAAACUAGAAUAAUGUAAAAUGAAUGAUAAUAGUAAUAAUAGUAAUAAUAUAUUAAAAAGAUGACUGUGGAAAUGCCAAAACAAA